AUGCACAAGAGAAAAGAGGUCUGUCCUAUUGAAAAUACUCGAGGAGAAGUAGCUGUACAGAAUAUCUUGAAAUCAUGUGCCAAACAAGAGAAAUCAAAGCAGCCAGUGAAGAAGUGUAAAUCAUUGUCCAAGGUUUCAUUCUCUGAUGAUAAUUUAAUUCAGUUUGAUAAAGGCGACACGACUAAAGUGCAUUUUUCUCCUGAUGUUGAACUUUCGAGACCACUUUCUGCAUUUCAAGAGGAGGGGAUUAAUAGCAUAAACACAGAAGUGGUUAAAUCUGAAUCUUCUCAGCCUUCAGCUACGGACCGAGAUGCAAGUUCAAGGACCUAUAAGGCGCCAAAUGAAGAUAUGAUUGGUAAAUCUUGUUCCUUGCUUGAAGAGGAGAAGAAGGGGGUAGGAAAUUACAACAUGGAGCAUAACUUCAAUGGUUUGUCACUCAAUUCUAGUGGCAAGCUAAUCAAGUUCGGCUUAAGUGGAAAAGUUGAAAUGAAACACCAAGGUGGUUCGCAAUUGCAGAUAUCCACCGUGAAUAUGAUCCAACCAGUGAAGGUUCACAGUAAUGAAACACUCCAAAAUCAAAGCCUUGGUGUCAGCGGAAAUGCUAUUUCAAAUAUUCCGGAGCAUAUUAUAGCAAGAACCAAUCCUAAAGGAAUCAUCUCACGGCCUAAAUUGAGAAAUAGUAAGAUGAAUGACAGAAAAAGGAUCCAUCGUGGUACAAGUUCAGCAUCUGGAAUACCAUUUUCAUCACCACCACGAACAUCACGGAUGUUCUCACCAGCUCACCAAGGGCCUACUUGGAGCCAUGAUUUCCCCAAUACCAAUGUGUGUCCGGUUCAAGUUUCUCAACCGACACAUAUUCCAACUACUCAUGUUCCAAAUCCACCUUCUGCCACAAAUAGGAACAUAACUAAGGCAGCUGCCAAAGUUACUCAUAUUCCAGUUACUCGUGCAUUCUCAAAUUCAAGGACGAGACCUAACAAGUUUCCUGAAGUUGAAAAACAAGAGAAUUUAACUCAGAUGAAUGUGGAUCAGGAUAGCUCAGCUACUGACUCUGAUAGAGAUUUGCAGGGUAACACAAGAGAAGUUGAUUCAUUGGACCCGAAUGGCAUGCCAAAGCACUCUGAGAAUGUGGAUCAGGAUAGCUCAGCUACUGACUCUGAUAGAGAUUUUGAAGAUCAGAAAAAGUUGACAAAACCAUCAAAACAGUCGGAAUGGAAAUAAGAGUCGAAAAGUUAACCUGACUUGAUUUGGUUGUCCAAGAACUUAUAAAAGGAAGGAAGUGAAGCUUCAGUUUCAGAGGUAGGAAAUGAAGAUUCAUCAUAGCAAAUCAUCUCAAUCGUGUUUGUGGCACAACAAUUGUUUAUGUCAUUUUGAUAAUUGGAGACUUGUCAUGUCAUUUAGAUAAUUUGAGACUUGUCUAUUUGGUAAAAUCUAAAUAUUAUAAUGAAACUUUUAUUUAUGUAAUUCUGAAGAUAUUGAACAAUUACAAUGGCUUAUAUAUUAAAUGACUUUGUUUGGGUAAAAGUAUUUAUAUGUUUCACUUGUAAGUGAAAGAGAUAUCAGAUGAUUGAGUUGAAUUAAAUUUUGUUAUGCAAUGGAAUGAAUGUUGUAUGGGGAGCUUUCGCACAACGGUAAAGUUGUUGUUACGUGACUGAAAGAUCACAAAUUCAAGUUCUG